GAGGCAGAAAAUAGAAUGAAACCUCAGACAACUUUUAUUUUCUACAGCAUCGAUCACAUUUUCACUCUGUUUGGAUGUAUUUUUGAUAUCAGGGAGUGAACUUCUGUUUUGUUUUAUUUUGAUUUUUCUUUGUGGAGCGCAACACAUUUUGACUUUGACCUUAAAACCUUGCCACAGCAGUGUAGGAUUUUAAUGUGUUUUUGUGAGCAGCAAAGCGAUGAAGAUGUGGUCCAUGAAGAUCAUCAUCCUCCUCCUGUUCUGCUACACUUGUCUGUCAACAGAAAAUCCAACAGCUUGUCAGUCACCAGACAAUCAGACUGUUUAUUUUGAAUCCAGAAACUUCCACAAUAUUCUCUGCUGGGUGCCAUUUAAGCCAGAAGUUCCUGGGCAAAAGGUCGUCUACAGCGUCCAGUAUUGGAGUUAUGGUGAGAAGUUUUCAAAGAAGCAAGCCAAAGAGUGUCAGAACAUAACUGCUCUGUCCUGUGACCUUUCUGCUGAAACCCCAUCACAUCAUGACAAUCAAUACUUAGCUAAAGUCUAUGCUAACGGUCAUAUUCAUGGCUGCACCACCACCAGAUUUACACCUCUGAAACAGACAAUCUUUGGUCCACCAAGCCUAUCCAUUCACACAACAGUGUCAUCCUUGCACGUUAAUGUCACACUACCUAUGGGGCCAAACGGAGAAUCCAUUGCAGACAUCAUCACCAAGAGCAGAGGAGAGAACUAUCAGACUGUGAUUGCUUAUGAAAUUCAAAUCACAAAACCAGAGUGGGCUGCAAAGGUCAAUCAUUCCAAAACAGGACGGUUCAUCAUCAACUUCAAGAACACCCAAACAGAGUACUGUGGCUAUGUGAUUUACAUGCCCUCUGUUGAAUGGGGUCGAUCCAAGAGUGAGAAGGCCCCGUUCUGUGCCAAACUGCAAAAUGAUUCUCUGAAGAUUUUGCCGUGGCUGCUCGUGAGUGCUGCUCUUCUGAUGGCCAUCAUCAUCAUUUCCGUUGCAUUUAUUUCCUACUAUGUGAAGGGUGGAAAGGGAAAGAAAACGCCAAAGACCUUGGUGAUCUCUUCUCACACCGAUCCCAGAGUACUGAAGCCUCUAGAUGGCAAUCUCCACAUCUCUAAACCAGAAUUCAACACUCAAAGUGAACGGACAGUUUACGCAACCAUACAAGUGAAGCCAAAGGUGCCAUCAGUUGGAACAGGAGGUUAUUCUCCUCAGGACAUCCCCUGCCCAACCUGGCUAGACAGCGCCGAGUCUUCUGAAGGAACAGGAGCACGAAGUCCAACCCCAGAUCCAGUCGACACAAGCGCCCAGUCCUCAGAGAUUUACAGUGUUGUGGCUGUCCACGUCCCAGCUGAAGAGAAUGAAGAUAACCAGCAUGGUAUCAUAAAGAACACAUUGUCUCCCAGUGGAGAAAAGUGGGACAAAUGUAAAAUGAGUCCAGAGCUGACUACACAUGUAGUAGCACCGUUACCUGAUGAGGAUUCCUGUGAGGGAAGUGCAGCCAUGCCGCUGCUGCUGCACACAGUUCGGGAUUCCAAUGGACAACUCAUGUUGCCUUCACUCGAUUUUAAGCUACAGAGCAGCACAGGUGGCAGGGAAAGAAGACCCCUGUUAAGUGACCUCAUAGACUCCAAUAAAGAGGGGCCAUCUUUGGCUUCCUUGCAGAGCUUUGACAGCUCAGAGUGGUCAGACUCGGGAUGUGAUGAUAGCACUCUAAACACACCAAUCCAUCCAUAUUGCAACACUAAUUACUCCCCAUCUCAGCCAGUUGUUCCUUAUUUGCAACACGGAUGUCAGAGCAUGCCAUUUGGUAAUGCAACAUCUGAAUCAGGUUACAAACAGAACUGGAUGCCUGAAAUCCCUCUUGGAAUUCCCUCCAAAGACAGUUGUGAAUACAGAAGGACGGAAAAUCUGUGGACGUGGAAGGACUCCCAUACAGAGGAGGAUGCUGAGGGAGAUGACGGGCAAGGACAGAAGGAGAGAUCAAGGGAAAUUCCUCUUGAAAGUUGGGGGAUACAAAUUCCAGAGUAG